UUGAAAGUAUCUCCCAAGGAUCCUCCUCCUCCAUACCAAGAUGAAAUACAUGCAAAUGAAGACGAACGCAGAACAUCCUACCAACAGGUAACGGAUGACCCACCGGUAUGCGAGGUUAUAGACUUAUUGGCGAACUGUACCGUAACAACCAAGUCCGAUGAAAAUCAAGAUUCCAACGUUGAAUACGCAGAAGUCGAAGAUAUGGGCCUGUGGCACUCCACGCCGCUGCCGAAUCGGCACAAGUCCAAGAUAUCCCUCACUUGGGUCCUCAAGGAUAAUUUGGAGACGGCUAAAGUGUUGCGCGAUGACAGAUUAAAAAACAAAUCGGGCUACUUAGAGAAGAACUGCAAUCAAAUAAAUGAAAGUGAACGUUUUGUUACUACGUAUAAGACGCACGUGAACAGAGUUGUAGGUCGCAAUGAACAUUACCAUAACCUCAGGUUUAGGAACGCAUGUGAAGAGUUCAAUGGCCGAGAAUCUUGCUCGGAUACUAGCGUUGGAACCGAAGAGUAUGUGAGGAAGAAACACCGGCAUCGUCACAGAAGAAAAAAGAAGGGUGCCAAGUUUGGAUACGAUAUUAGAGAUUUGGACAGUUUCUUAAGUGCGGCCACCAUUGAUCGUCCGGGCAACAUUCCAGUGGUAAUAGCGUUUCCCACUACGCUGUACCAGACGCAGAAGGAUUGUCAACGCGAGCUGACGCUACCUCUGGGUACAGUCGUUAACGCUGUGUUCAAGAAUCAGCAGUGGGUUUAUGCACAGACGCCACAUGGGCACGAGGGCUAUGUGUUGUACAGUGCAUGUCUACCUUUAGGAAUAUUGCCGAAUAAAACUUCGGUGCAGAAGAAAACUCCUUGCUGGGAAAGCAGCACUGAUAUUUACCCGCAGCCAUGUGGCAACCUGACGGACACGGAAAAAGAACAACUUCGCGGUCGGACACGUUCGGAAACACGUACCAAGCCACGCACUCAAAAAAUUCUCAAAACUUCCUGCGCGGAAAAGGAUUUUGAUACGCUUUAUUUAAAAACCAAAUCUAUUUGUUCAAACAUCGAUAGACUUCAUGAGAAGGAGAAUUUACAAGUUAAUUAUGGUGUGAAAAGACAGACGUUAUUAGUUGUUAACAGUGAUUAUGGCGGGAAUGUUUUAAAUAAAACAUUAACUGUGCAUAAAGGUGACGUCGUAACGCUAGUGCAAGGUGAUGGUAGUGAGACUGAUGUGGAUUCAGAAUGGUUUUAUGUAAGAAAAAAAGAUGGUAGUGAGGGUUUUAUACCGGCUGUUGUGGCCGAUCAUGGUUAUAUUUGA